GUAGCCGAACCGUAGCCGAACCUUUGUUGUUGUGGCGCCACUUUACCUUGUGGUUUGAGUUGACAAUUGGCAAAUGCUUGUCAGAGUCUUUUGUGUCAAUCCCCGUUUAAGUUUAUUCGCUCCCGAAGUAAUAAUUGGAUUCCAAAUCAAAAGAGUUUAAUACUGAAUAAUGACUGCUGAAGAAGAAAUGCAGUGGGAGGAAUGGGGUGAUGUCUGGGAAGAAAUUCUGCAGAAAGAAAAGCAGGAAGAGCAAUCAAGGAAAUCGAAUCCAAAGAUCUGUCCAUCAGUGGACAACAGUAAGUCGAAACUACCUUCGGCCAAGUACAUAGAUGUUCUUCAAAGAUGUUUUGGACACUCCAGUUUCCGGCCCAUCCAAUGGGAAGUCAUCAGAUCUGUAAUUGAAGAUCGUAACGAUAAUUGUGUGGUAGUUGCCACAGGCUACGGCAAAAGUUUGCUAUACCAAUACCCUGCUGUUUAUACAGGAGGACUCUCUGUAGUUAUAUCACCUCUCAUAUCUUUAAUGCAAGAUCAAGUUUUGUCACUAAAGAUGGCUAAUAUUCCUGCUGCGUUUUUGGGCUCCGCUCAGAAAGAAUCAGCUCAGGUCAAAAGAGAUCUUUUCGAAAACAAACUUCGUGUUUUGUAUCUAACACCAGAGUAUUGUGUUGGUUCGAGCAUUUUAGAGGAUUUAUCACAAAAACUUAACAUAAUUCUGGUAGCUGUUGAUGAAGCUCAUUGUGUUAGUCAAUGGGGUCAUGAUUUCAGAAAUGAUUACAGAAAACUAGGCAAAGUUCGGGCGGCCUUGCCAAAUAUACCAUUCCUUGCAGUAACUGCCACUGCUACUCCUGUUGUUCGGAGAGACAUUUGUAACUCCCUGUCCCUCAAGAAUCCUAAAGUCACCUGUUCCAGUUUUGAUCGUCCAAAUCUUUAUCUCUCAGUAUCCCUGAAGAGUGGUAAUCCUUUUUUAGAUCUUAAAAAAUUUAUGGUGAAAUCAUCUGACAACAGACAUUAUAAAUUUGAUGGUCCCACAAUAAUUUAUUGCUCAACCAUAAAAUUAACUGAAGAAUUGUAUUCGGUCCUGAAAGAUCACCACAUUGUUGGUGACUAUUAUCAUGGCAAAAGAAGGCAAGAAGACAGAAAUGAAGUUCAUGAGAAAUUUUUAAGGGAUGAGUUAAAUGUGAUUGUUGCCACUGUUGCUUUUGGAAUGGGCAUUGACAAACCUGAUGUGCGAAAUGUCAUUCACUUUGGAGUACCUAAAGAUAUAGAGUCAUAUUACCAAGAAAUUGGUCGGGCUGGUCGUGAUGGUCUACCAGCAAAGUGUCAUGUGUUUUAUUGCAGAAAGGACUUUGCUGUCAGUGAAUAUUUGCGUGGCUCUAAAGAUGUGAAACUUGAUGCUCAUCGAAAAGAAAUGGGGAGACUUAUGGAGCGGUAUCUAGACUCUACUGCCUGCAGACGUCAAAGUAUUUUAACUCACUUUGAAGGCAAAAAUCAAGUUUUAGAUUCAAAGGAAAAUUGCUGUGACAAUUGCACAACUGCGAAAAAAAAAACUGUUUCAACAGGAGAAGCUAGUGCUCACAACCUAUAUGACUUUACAGAAGACUCUGAACUUCUUUUAUCAUGUGUUCAAUCUCUCAGUGGUAGAGGUCUUGGUAAAAUUGUUGCCUGUCUGCGAGGCUUAAAAUCCUUCACAGAGAGUCAGAAAUAUGCUCUGAUAUUUGGAAAAGGAAAACACAAGUCUGAGGACUGGUGGAAGGGACUCGGUCGGUUGCUCAUUCGCGAGAAACACAUUGAACAGACAUACAAGCAAUUUGAGUUUGGCAAAGGUUUUCCUUUACCAGUAGUAUGCCUAUCUAAAAGUGGUCAACAUUUACUGUCGAAUUUGCAGACUAAGAGAGCAGACACUACCGUAAUGCUUGCUCCUGGGCAUGAAAUGAUUAAAUUGAUUGCGGGCAUAAAACGUUCUAAAAGCUCUGCUCAACAAAGUGUUGAAUCUGAGUCAAGUGGCGAUAUAAUUCUUUCUAUUCCCUCUAGCUCUGAUGAAAGAAACAGCCAGAAUUCAUUAUAUCAUUAUCUGUUGAGAGUAAGGAAAGACAGAGCAAUUGAAUUAGAAUGUGCCCCUUUCCAUCUGGCAAGCAAUCAAGCUCUGAUAGAUUUAUCUUUAUCUAGACCCUCCUCUAUCAUAUCCCUUAAAAGUGGAAAUUUUGAUGGCUUUACGGAUCUCAAAAUCCAGAGAGAUGGAAAAUUUUGGGUUGAUCACAUUGUUGGCUUCUGCAAAGAGAAUGGUCUUAAAGUAGAUGUCCAUCAGUCUCUUAAGGAUAGUAGUUCUGAUGAUAGCCCUCUCGACACAUUAUCAUUGAAUGUCCAAACAUCAUAUAUCAAAUUUCAGAAGCAGAAAAUGACCCUGGAGGCAGUGAUGGCUGAAAAAAAUAUUGCAAGAAGCACUCUCAUAGGGCACCUUAGUCAAGCCUUAAAAUUAGGUCUGCCUUUCGAUCUUGCUAGAGCUGGAGUCGCAGAUGAUAUUUUACAGUUAAUAACUAAGGUUAUCUCAUCUCCACCAAUCAACUCAAAUGUAGGAAAACUAAAGCCAAUAAAGGAACAGUGUCCUGAUUUUGUAACAUAUGAUCAGCUUCACAUUGUAGUAGCAUAUCUUACAGGACGCUGUCCCCCAAAAGAAAAUUCAGAUAUGAGAAGUGCUGAUACCUCCACUUCCAGGGACCCAACCUCCAUACAAUCAUCUUCAGCAGCCUCAACUACUUCUGGUCAGCUUAGAGGAUUUACCUCAUCUUCCAAAGAAUUAGCUUGUCAGAAAACUGUACCAGCUAUGUGGGCAUCCGGAUCACAUGGUGCCACCGAUUCCAAAACAAAGUCCUCUAGUGAUGCCUUUUGGAAUGGUCAAUUUUCAGCUGAAGAUUCUAAUGAAAAAAAUGCAAAUGAUACUAGUAACAGUUAUCAAGCCAAGGUGCCUGGUACCGCAACCAGAGAGGAAUGCAGACCCACUUUUUCAAAAAAUUCUGAAGAACAAUCAAGCUCAUUAGAUGUUUUAAAUGAAGCUCAUGGAGCAUCGCUCGUUGAUUGGGAUGAGGAUUUUUUUGAAGAAACUGAAUCACAACCAAAUACUUUAUCAUCCAAUGUGCAGCCUGCAAAUAGCAUAAAUCAAUGCACUCAAGAUAUUAAGAGAAGUGCUUCAGUCUUGGAAACCUCCUCUCAAAGUGUUUCAGUGAAGGAUGACGAAACAAUUUUAAAGAGAAGUUUGUCUGCAGAUAUUCCUGGUUGUAGUAGUGACACUCCUCCAAAACGAAAAAUGCCUCAGUGGCUAACUAAACCUACAGCUCAAGCUGAAAUUCGCAAAAAAAUGAAAAAUAACUCCCUGUUUAAACUUUAAACUGUGAUUUCUCACUAUGAUUUAGGUAUCAAUUAAUGAUGAAAAAGAUCUUCAUCUGUGUUCAUUUUUGUUCCUAGCUGUGUAAGUCUAAAGCCUACUCUUUCUUAGAACUUUUCUAAUGAACAAAGAAAAGUUGCACUGGUUUUACUUGAAGAGCAGUGCAAAGAGAGAAGUAUGUUUUUUAGUCAUGAGUAUAUGUUUCAUUUUUUAUCCCCAUCUACGAGAUUAUGUUAAUUAUUUUUGAAAAUUUUUGCUUGUUUUGAGAAGUUUCUUCAAGUUUCAGACAAUUUUGAUUUGUUUGCUUUAAAAUCAAACUGGGUUUUGAAAUAGCUGCAUGGUAGAAAAAUAUACAAUUGCUCACAAUGUAA